AAAACUUAAAUCAUUAUUAAAGCUGCCAUAUUCUUAGUGACAAAUUUUGUUCUUUAAGCUUUAAAAGGAACUUCUCAAGUGGAUAGAAAGAGCAAGAUUUAAAAUGGCUUUGUUUGGCAGAACGGCAUCUCCGAAGUUUGUUUCCUCUAUGUCUAGAGGUUCUGGUGAGGACUUUGAAAUUUUCUGUCAGCCAUGCGACCGGGAUAAUAUCAGACUUCCUGCCUUCGCUUUCUGUGUAGACUGCGAAGAGCAUCUAUGUGAAUAUUGUUUAAACCACCACAAGAGAGCCAAGCCUUCAAGACAGCACACCCUCCUUGAUAAGCAGAACAUGCCACAAAGUCUACAGGUGUCUACUUCACAACCUGAUCCCCAUGCUUUGCCUGGUGAUCUUACAAAACCAUGCUAUACACACAAGAAAGAAAUGAUCAAGUUCUACUGCCAUGAUCAUAAUGCACUUCUCUGCAGUGUAUGUGUAACUCUGAAACAUCAAAGCACUGCCUGUCGUGUGGACUACAUACCGGAUAUAUCUGGCUAUAUUGUCAACAGCAAUGAGUACAGAAGGAUCAUUAAAGAGAUAGAUACCAUGACUGGAAUAUUUCAAGAUACAGCUGGAGGCCUAAAGAAAAUGACAGAAAAAUCUAAUGCUUCUUUGACAGAUGCUCUUGCAGAAAUUAAGAAGCUCAGGAAAGAAAUCAACCAAAGGCUGGAUGCUAUGGAAAAUGAAGCUGAAAAUGAAGCUAGAUCUCUGAAAAAAGACAAUGACCAAAGACUUAAGACUGCACAAGCAACAUGUGAUGAUGUUAUAAAAGACCUUCAAGAAUCAUCCGAUAACAUUAAACAACUUAACACAUCAAAACAGGCUGACAGACUCUUUGUUGAAUUGAAAGCCACUGAGCAACUUAUACAUGAGAAUAAGAAAUAUAUGCCACAUCUAAUGACAGUCGAAAAUGUUGAAGAAUAUCACUUUAAGCCAAACCUGGAUAUAUCUGCCCUUUUUGAAAAUGAGAAAUCUCUUGGAACAUUAACUACAAAAGCAUUAAAACCGCCAGUAAAUGUCUCAGUCAAACAGUAUUCACACCAGGGAGAAAUCUGUGUCAGUACAUCACAAGAUAAAGGAACUUGCUUCAUAACAGGAAUGACUGUUCCCACAUCUGACAUACUUAUUGUGGCAGAUUAUGGAAACUUCUCAAUCAAAAUGAUCGAUAGCAAAAGUUAUUCCAUCAUCGGUCUACUAAAACUAGAUAGGAGCCCCUGGGAUGUUACCACAGUCUCAGAAGACAAACUAGCAGUCACAACGCCAUAUUCAAAAGAAAUUCAGUUUGUAUCAUUUAAAUCAAACAGACUAAAACGAAAAGGCACUAUAAAAGUUGAGGGAACAUGCUAUGGUAUAUACUGUUACAAGGAACAACUCAUAGUGUUAUUUAAGUCACCAGCAAAACUCCAAAUCAUUGAUCUGAAAGGCAAAGUACUAAAAUCAGUCACUAAGAAUAUACUUGGUGUAGAUAUUUUUAGUAAUCCAGGGUAUGUUACAGCCAGCAGCAGCUCUAUCUAUGUAUCUGACAGAGAAAAGAAAGCUGUGAUACAGUUAAACUGGCAAGGUGAUGUGACAGGUGUUUAUCGUGUAUUACGUGCUCCUGCAGGUCUUGCUAUGCUUGCGGAUGGAUCAGUUUUUCUGAGUGAUUAUCAUGAUAAAAGCUGUAGCAUAAAAAAUAUACCUGGUGACUGUACUAGAGGAGAAGUUGUGUUGAAGGAUUUGAGGAAACCCUUUGCCAUCUGCUGGUGUGAGGCCAACAAAACCUUGUACAUCAGCAGCUUUACACAAUAUGCAUCGGCAGACAACUUUGUUUCGGUUUACAAGAUGUCAUAAUAACUUCAUCAAGAAGUAUUUGCCCCUUUGCUAACACUCAUUGCAGUAACUAUACUUAAAUAAAGAUCAGUGUUUUGGUAAAGCCCCAGUGUCACUGUCUAUGCAGUGCUAAUAAACUGAUAAAGACUUUUGAAAAUAUAAAUAACACAAUGCUGAUAUAAAACUUUUUCAGAUAUAAUCACUAAAUUAUUUUAAAUAGUUCUAGCAAACACACUGUUGGGAGCAUGAGCAAAAUAAUCUCUAAACCAAAAUGAAUUUAUGAAUAAUAUGGGAUACUGAAGCAACUUUUGCUGUAAAUCUAAAAUAUAGCCUAUCAUAUGGCAACAUAGAUGUAUCCCAAAACUACAUAGAUUUCAAUCACAGUCACCUUCUGAUUAUCUGGAACGCUUCAAGAAACUGAGACUUCUUAUUUUCCUUAGUGUUUGUAAUUACAGAAUAACUAUCAUUAUUGCCAACUACAUAAUAUUUUAACAAUUUUCAUUAGUCAUAUGAUAGGCUAUAUUUUAAAUUUCAUAUCUUAUCAUGAUAGGAUUUAUUCACGCUCUUCAAAAUAUAACUUUGGUUUAGAGAUUAUUUUGAUCAUGUGAUUCCCAACAGUGAAAGUGGCUGGUGGUUAGCCUAUAGCAAUUCAUGUGAUUCCUGAACCCUUCACUUUUGUGCUGGGAACUUGCAGGAUAGUUGGUCAUGUAGAAAUGUGGUUUUCUGGUAACAAUAUAAUUAUACAAAAUUUUACCUUUAUAAACUUGUGUAGUAUGAUUCUGCAUGUUUAAUGCAUGAAAUAAACAAGAGGGUCAUGAUGACCCCAUAUCGCU